AUGUCUACAACACCGGGGGACCCUUAUCGAGGCUUCAUGGUUAACUACGCUCCUCAUGGCCGUGGUAAAGAUGCGAACCGGGAGGGUAUCAUUCCCUACAGUUCAGCGCAGUUGCUCCAAGAUAGGCCCACUGAAAUUCGCUACCACUCUGAUACAACCCAGCCACCCUUUGGGUCCUCAUCAACUUUUAUCGCGAACCGCUCGUCCCAACGCCAGCAGGGGUCGCAUUACAACACACACGGCUAUAGACUCUCCCCAAUCCAUGGUAGCAGAAAACGACAACGUACCGACAAUCAGCCUGAGGCUAGUGAAGACAAUUAUGGGUACCGACCUAUUUUGCAAAAUCUACCCAUGGGUGACCCAUCGGCUUCAGCAGGGGAAUCGACCGACCUGACAUACGCUGAUCAUGUCGGCCCUUCGUCUUCCCACCAGACAUCGAACCAUGACUACAUUCAGGCUGGUCUCCCGCAACAACAACAACAACAACAACAACAACAACAUCACCAUCAUCAUCGGCUGCCAUCCCAAGCAUUGGUGGGCACGACCUCUGCUGAUCAGGGCUCUGAACCAUACCAGCCGCAAAUCGACCUUAGCUUCAUGGACCUUCCAGGCGUGCCUACACCAUACCCUGAGCCAAAAGCACCAAAGACUAGAUUCGGUCACAAGGAAGAUGAGAUGUUGAUAGCCCUAAAGGAGCACUGGAAGUUUUCCUGGAGGCAGAUUGAGUACUUCUUUCCGGGGCGAAAACAACAAACAUUGCAAGUCCGUUACUGUACCAAAUUGAAGGAAAGAGAUGUGGUUUGGGAUGAUACUUUGGAUCAAAAACUGAAAAGGGCGUUGGAGGAGUAUGAGGACAACAAAUGGGCACACAUUUCCCGGAAGCUUGGGCCUGGUGUACCACCAGCGGCGUCCAUGGAGAGCUCCUGCCAAUCAGAAAGGCUGAGUCAUCAUCACUCGCGGCCUUAUUGGAUGGUCCAAGCAGCCAAUCACAGGAGGUCGGACCAAAGCGGCUUCAAACUCGCCCAACCUCAAACCUCCAAACUCCCUCUCCUGCCCCAAACGCCCCGCGUCAUCCACCCCAUCACCUCCAGGACAAUGUUCCUCCAACGUACAGCCUCCGCCCUCGCAAGGCGCUCGCCUGCCCGCGCUUUCACCCUCGCCCAGCGCCCCUUCUCUUCCUCCAUUGUUCGCUCCAACGACAAGAAGUGGGCUCCCAAGCAGGAGGGCAAGAUCCUGACCUUCGACGAGAUCAAGACCGAGGAUGACCUCUUCGCUCCGGGUGCCAAGCCCGGUACCAUUCCCUCCGAUAUCGAGCAGGCCACCGGUCUCGAGCGUCUGGAACUCAUCGGAAAGAUGCAGGGCAUUGACAUCUUCGACAUGCGUCCCCUUGAUGCUUCCCGCAAGGGCACAAUCGAAGACCCCAUCAUCGUCAACGGCGCCGGUGAUGAGCAGUACGCCGGUUGCACCGGUUUCCCCGUAGACUCCCACCAGGUCAACUGGUUGACUGUCUCCCGCGAGCGCCCUCUCGAGCGCUGCCUCGAGUGCGGUAACGUGGUCAAGCUGAACUACGUCGGACCCGAGGAGGACCCCCACUCCCACGACCACGACCACGGUCACCACCACCCCCCUCACGUCGAGCCCAAGACCUUCGCCGACUACGUCAAGCCCGACUACUGGUACCGUUAA